CCUCUCCAUUUAAACCCUAUGGCCAUUCAAAUGCAUCGGGAUAUAUGCAAAGGUAUUUGUAGUGUGAAAGGUGGCAGCAGAAGGAGAGUAAAUAAAGUAUGUCGGAUUUUCGAAGUUGUUCUUGCUUUCAGCAGGCACAUCGAAUGAUUUGACAGACUAGACCUUUAAAUACAACCUUUGGAUACGAUCACGUGGUACAGUAGCUCAACUACAAUCUGCCAUCUGGUUGCUACCACGUCUGGUUUUGCGAUUAAAAAGGAUGGCAGAGCCCGAGCCACCCCUCUCGUGUGACUGCUUUGUGUCCUUGCCCCCUGGCUCACAAGAUGAUCACGUGAUCUUUGGGAAGAACUCGGACCGUCCAAGAGAUGAGGUCCAGGAGGUUCUUUACUACCCAGCAACCAGUCACCCAUCCGGGACCAUGCUGGAGUACGGCCCAGACGACCCGGUCAGGAAGCAGCCGCGCUUCCAGAGCCUAGUGGACCGCAGGCACGACCUGUACAAGGCCCAUGAGGGGGCCCUGCAGACUAUGGAGACCAACCCGGACGCAGGGAAUGCUCUGACUGAGACGUUGAGGAUGUUGGAGGGCCAGUGUCUGACGGACAUAUCAGCCCUGCUCAGUGGAGAAACACCAGCAGAAGAGGAACUGGGGGACCUGUUCUUUGACUGUGUGGACACGGAGCUGAAGUUCUACCAGUGAGGAGCGCCCUCAUGUGGAGAUCGCUAGUGCUCGCAGAUCGGCAGGAGAUGGCCCUGGGACUGUUUCGUCCUGUGCUCCUGUUAGAUUGGCUCCCUCCCGUCUCAUGCACUAGAACCCUCUUGAUGCCAUUCCAUCCAUCAUUGACACAGAAUAUAAAUGUCUUAACGUUCCAUGGGAUUGGAGCAUCAUUGUCAUUUGUAUCACUUUAGGGAGCAACGCUCGCCCCACAUUAGUGAGUAUGUGAUAGACCACUACAGGAGUGUACAGUUCCAGUCAAAAGUUUGGACACACCUACUCAUUCAAGUGCUUUUCUUGUUUGACUAUUUUCUACAUUGUAGAAUAAUAGUUAAGAUGUCAAAACUAUAAAAACACAUAUGGAGUCAUGU